UUUGUUGGACCAGAAACCAAUGAAGAAUUAUGUGUAGGAGAAGCGGCGAUAAUCUGAGGAUGUAGGCACGGGUGUGAAGGAACAUGGGACUGUAUCAGAGGUGGCGGCGGCUCCGGCUCCAAGGUUUACAGGCUUGCAGGCUACACACGGCAGUUGUGUGGACCCCUCCACGCUGGUUGGCAGAGCGGCUUGGCCUUUUUGAGGAGCUGUGGUCUGCUCAGGUAAAGAGAUUAGCAAGCAUAGCACAGAAGGAACCCCGGACUAUUAAGAUAACACUUCCUGGAGGCCAGAAAAUUGAUGCUGUGGCAUGGAACACAACCCCCUACCAACUAGCCCGGCAGAUCAGUUCAACACUGGCAGAUACUGCAGUGGCUGCUCAAGUGAACGGAGAACCUUAUGAUCUGGAGCGGCCCUUGGAGACAGAUUCUGACCUCAGAUUUCUGACAUUUGAUUCCCCAGAGGGGAAAGCAGUGUUCUGGCACUCCAGCACCCAUGUCCUGGGGGCAGCAGCUGAACAAUUCCUAGGUGCUGUUCUCUGCAGAGGUCCAAGUACAGAAUAUGGCUUUUACCAUGAUUUCUUCCUAGGGAAGGAGAGGACAAUCCGGGGCUCAGAGCUGCCUGUUUUGGAGCGGAUUUGCCAGGAACUUACAGCUGCUGCUCAACCCUUCCGGAGGCUAGAGGCUUCACGGGAUCAGCUUCGCCAGCUGUUCAAGGAUAACCCCUUCAAGCUUCACUUGAUCGAGGAGAGAGUGACAGGUCCAAAGGCAACAGUAUAUGGGUGUGGCACAUUGGUUGACCUUUGCCAAGGCCCCCACCUUCGGCAUACUGGACAGAUUGGAGGACUGAAGCUGCUAUCGAACUCAUCAUCCUUAUGGAGGUCUUCAGGGGCCCCAGAGACACUGCAGAGAGUGUCAGGGAUUUCCUUCCCCACAACAGAAUUGCUGAGGGCCUGGGAAGCAUGGAGGGAGGAAGCAGAAUUGCGGGACCACCGGCGCAUUGGGAAGGAACAGGAGCUCUUCUUCUUCCAUGAACUGAGCCCUGGGAGCUGCUUCUUCCUGCCACGAGGGACGAGGGUGUAUAAUGCACUAGUGGCAUUUAUCAGGGCUGAGUAUGCCCGUCGUGGUUUCUCUGAGGUGAAAACUCCCACACUGUUUUCUACUAAACUCUGGGAACAGUCAGGGCACUGGGAGCAUUAUCAGGAAGACAUGUUUGCUGUGCAGCCCCCAGGCUCUGACAGGCCUGCCAGCUUCCAGAGUGAUGAUUCUACCAGGCAUACGGCAGAUAUACUCGCCCUCAAGCCCAUGAACUGCCCUGCACACUGCCUGAUGUUCGCCCACCGGCCCAGAUCCUGGCGGGAACUGCCCCUGCGACUAGCUGACUUUGGGGCCCUACACCGGGCUGAAGCCUCUGGUGGUCUGGGGGGACUGACGCGACUGCGGUGCUUCCAGCAGGAUGACGCUCACAUCUUCUGUACAACAGAUCAGCUGGAAGCAGAGAUCCAAAGCUGUCUUGAUUUCCUCCGUUCCGUCUAUGCCGUUCUUGGCUUCUCCUUCCGCCUGGCACUGUCCACCCGGCCAUCUGGCUUCCUGGGGGACCCUUGCCUUUGGGACCAGGCCGAACAGGUCCUUCAACAGGCCCUGAAGGAAUUUGGAGAACCCUGGGACCUCAACUCUGGAGAUGGUGCCUUCUAUGGACCUAAGAUUGAUGUGCACCUCCACGAUGCCCUGGGCCGGCCACAUCAGUGUGGAACAAUUCAGCUUGACUUCCAACUGCCCCUGAGAUUUGACCUCCAGUAUAAGGGGCAGGCAGGUGCCCUGGAGCGUCCAGUCCUCAUUCACCGAGCAGUGCUCGGUUCUGUGGAAAGACUGUUGGGAGUGCUGGCAGAAAGCUGCGGGGGGAAAUGGCCACUGUGGCUGUCCCCGUUCCAGGUGGUGGUCAUCCCUGUGGGGACUGAGCAAGAAGAGUAUGCCAGGGAGGCACAGCAGAGCUUGCGGGCUGCAGGACUGGUCAGUGACCUGGAUGCAGACUCUGGACUGACCCUCAGCCGGAGAAUCCGCCGGGCCCAGCUUGCCCACUACAAUUUUCAGUUUGUGGUUGGCCAGAAAGAGCAAAGUAAGAGAACAGUGAACAUUCGGACUCGAGAUAAUCGUCGCCUUGGGGAGUGGGACUUGCCUGAAGCUGUGCAGCGACUGGUGGAACUACAGAACAUGAGGGUCCCAAAUGCCGAAGAAAUUUUCUGAGCCUUUGAACAUUGAUGAGGCAAAACCCUGCGAGAGCCAUCAGCCUCCCUCACAUGGGAGACCCCAGAACCUUAGAACUGCGUGGAGGCACAUGUCUGCUCUCCUGAAAAGAGACUUGGUUUGGCAACCCCACAAAGGGAGGGAAGCUGUAGCUGUUUGGAUGUGAGGAGAAUGAAACUA